AUGGCGUCUUCUCCAGCUCCAGCCAUGUCAUCCACGCUUUUGAACCUUCCUCCCGAGGUCAGGAAUCUCAUCUAUAAAUUCGCUUUCCAACAGCCGAAACCACUGAGGCUGAGGUGUCCAUCCCAACGACGGCUCCGACCAUCGCGGCCGGCCAAAGACGACCCUCGGGGAUUCUUGGAUACCUGCCAGUUGAUCCGUUCAGAGGCCAUCACGUUGUUUUACAGUCUCAAUGCCUUGGUCUUCCGGUCGUCGGCAGACGCCCUGGCAUUCUUGUCCGACCCAGAUAUCCAUCCUCUGAUCAAAUCGUCAUUGACUCACAUAGCGGUCGAUUUUGGCGACAGCACCGACGCCGAUGCAAUUCUCAAGGACCACAUCAAUCUCGUCGACACCUGUGUAGGCAGUCUGCCCCGUCUGAAGGCCAUGGAGACCCGCUUCUACGCCCGAACUCUGGACGCUUGCUCAUCUUCACAUUUCCGUACCUUGGCGCUCGCCUUUGACGGUCUCGAUGCCGAUAUGAAUGCCCCUCCUUCCCCUCGCUCACCACGUUCGCCUCGGUCGCCUCGGUCGCCUCGUGGCUCUCCUCGAGGCUCCAUAUCCAGUGGCAGCUCCUCACCUAUCUCAACGCCGUCGAGCGUGUGCUCUUCUCCCUGCUGGGACUCAGAGCCCGAACCCGAGCUCGACAUGUCAGCCAUUCAAGCCGAAGUCCUGGAACAGUACUGCUUCACGCCUUCUGCCGCCAUUGCAUUCGCCAAUUCCAAGCUGAAGUUUUCGGUGGCAGCCUCGUCCGAGAACUAUCCUGGCGUCAAGCACGACAAGCUCAUCUGCUACAAUCUGCGGAUUGGGGCGGAUGGGAUUGCCAAUGCGUUGGGCCCUGCCAAGGAGGCUGUCCAGCAGCGAAUCGGCCGCGUAGGCAUGUUACCCCGACAGAUUAGCGAAAUGUAUGACACCGCUGCAGAUGGCGGGUUUCACCAACGAGUGCGAUCAACCAUCGCCAACUGUGCGAGGAUUGACGUUGGCGUUUCAUGA